CGCCGGUGAGCCGCAGCCGCAGCCUAUCCCCGAGGGAGGGAGGAGGAGCUGCGGCGGACGCGGGCCCCGGAGCCCCGCGGGCCGCCGCCCCCGCCGGCCGCGCAGCUGGGAGGAUGCCGACGGCAGCGAGAGCGUGCGCGGCCACGUGACGGCCGCUAUAAGAGCGCAUGGGGCAGACGCUCCGCUCCCCGCCGUGCCUCCUCGCUGGCAGCGCUCUUUCCUGGUGCCGGCUACUCUGACCCACCAACCUGCGGCUGCCCCGGCCGCCUGCGCCCCCGGCAGCACCAUGACAGAUCAGGCCUUUGUGACACUGACCACAAACGAUGCCUAUGCCAAAGGUGCCCUGGUCCUGGGCUCAUCUCUGAAACAGCACAGGACCACCAGGAGGCUGGUCGUGCUCGCCACUCCUCAGGUCUCAGACUCCAUGAGAAAAGUUUUAGAGACAGUCUUCGAUGAAGUCAUCAUGGUAGAUGUCUUGGACAGUGGCGAUUCUGCUCAUCUAACCUUAAUGAAGAGGCCAGAGUUGGGUGUCACACUGACAAAGCUCCACUGCUGGUCGCUUACACAGUAUUCAAAAUGUGUAUUCAUGGAUGCAGAUACUCUGGUCCUAGCAAAUAUUGAUGAUCUUUUUGAGAGAGAAGAAUUGUCAGCAGCACCAGACCCAGGGUGGCCUGACUGCUUCAAUUCCGGAGUCUUCGUUUAUCAGCCUUCAGUUGAAACAUAUAAUCAGCUGUUGCGUCUUGCUUCUGAGCAAGGUAGUUUCGAUGGUGGGGACCAAGGCAUACUGAACACAUUUUUUAGCAGCUGGGCAACAAGAGAUAUCAGAAAACACCUGCCCUUUAUUUAUAACCUCAGCAGCAUCUCUAUAUACUCCUACCUCCCAGCAUUUAAAGUGUUUGGUGCAAGUGCCAAAGUUGUGCAUUUCCUGGGACGAGUCAAACCAUGGAAUUAUACUUAUGAUCCCAAAACAAAAAGUGUCAAAAGUGAGGCCCAUGAUCCGAACAUGACUCAUCCAGAGUUUCUCAUCCUGUGGUGGAACAUCUUUACCACCAACGUUUUACCUCUGCUUCAACAAUUUGGCCUUGUCAAAGACACCUGCUCAUAUGUAAAUGUGGAAGAUGUCUCAGGAGCCAUAUCACAUCUGUCCCUUGGGGAGAUCCCAGCUAUGGCACAGCCAUUUGUAUCCUCGGAAGAACGGAAGGAGCGAUGGGAACAGGGCCAGGCUGAUUAUAUGGGAGCAGAUUCCUUUGACAACAUCAAGAGGAAACUUGACACUUACCUCCAGUAGAAACACUGCAUUUUUCUGUGAACACAAUCACUUCACAAGCCUUGUUUCUGAUACUUAGUAUCUAGAGCUGGGUUGAAAAAAGUCUGUUACAGUUGCUAGAGGUUUUCAUUAAAACUUACCAGAUGAGAGGUAUUUUUAGGAUAAGAGGUGAGAACUGGGCAAAAGUUGUGAAGCAGCAAUUCUGUUAUAUGGACAGUGUUCUGCUUUGUAAUCCUAUUUAGCUUGUUUCAGAAAUUCUUUUGUUGACUGCCAACAUACAAAUUAAGGAAAACUCAAUAUUAAGCUAUUAAGACAGCUGUAUCAAUUCUUAAAAUCUGCAGAGCCUGGUUCAAAGUCAGUCACUCCCUUCAGAAGCAGACAUGGCAUCUGUUCCUUGCUUGCUUGUUGGUUGUGCCUACCUUUCACGAGACCUGAAUCUUAGAAUUGCCCAGUGCUGCCAGUGAGUGAUUGUAAUUCUGCUUUCAGGUAAAGAUAAGCUAUAUUAACACUGCUGAGUGAUUCAUAAACGUAUCAGCAAAUACCUUUAACCCAUUUUAUUUCCUGGUCUUAGUGUCUGAAGAUUCUCACCAGUUUUCUAUGUACAGUAAGGCAGCAUGCUAAAAUGCUUUUGUUCAGUUCUGUAUAUUUGAAAAUAGCAGCGUGUUCUCUGAUGGUUACCUGCAGUGGCACCCUGUACAAAAAAUAAAGACUUAUUGCUGUA